GCGACUAAGGUUAAAAAUGGUUUCUGUUUUAGGGCUUUUCAAGAGGAACCCGUGAGACACAGUAGCGAGCAUUGGUGAGGAAUCCACAUGGUAUCAAGAGUUUUUCCCUGGAAUCAACAUGCUUUCAACGACACCCACCUCCACCACUGCCCUCCGCCUACAUCUGGUAUUGUUUGGAAAAAUGUUAAAUGUGGUCAAAUAUGGGCGUUUCUUAGAGAUGAAUUUCAGUUGACUUGGAUAUUUGUCGGUUUGGAUUUCAAACUGACAUAUGUGGAGCUGCAUAAUAUUCAUUUUCUUCAAGGGAUCCUUCCAUACAUAAAAUUAGUGAUUUUUGCAGCCAAAUGAAAGCUAUUAGUCGGCCAAUCUGAACAUCAACGCGGCUAAAUCAUCGUAGUUGUCAAAAGCGAAGUUGUCACUAUAAAGACCCUAUAGUUAAAUUAUAAGCUUAAAGUGAAAUCGACUUGCACCUUUUAAAAAAUUAUUUGACUGGAUUGUUGAAUUCUUAUUUGAGAUAUUAACAAAUAGUAAGAAUGUAUAUAGUUGUGGGUGAGCGACUGAGUACGACUGGAUGUAGAUCUACCGGUUGAACUUGGUUUUAUUAUUGCUGGAAGAACUCCAACAAGUAAGAAAACUGGUCAAAUAAUGGCUGAAAAUUUUAUUUUAGGAAAAAUAUUCUCUUGUGUUUUACCUUGAUCUCUAGCUUUCCAAUAAAUGUUCUCUGCUAUAUAGCUACUCAACUUUUGUUUGUUUUUCUACAAUUACGAUAAUAUAUGCCUUUGUUGUCAAUCUUCCCAAGGUAUUCCGAUCAAUUUUUCCUUGACUAUUUUCAUAUUUUUGAUGGAGAUGAGCAGGGACUGUUUUCCAUUUAUGGCAAUGCACUUUCAUUUGUGCCUAUUUUCAAAUUCAAGCGUGAAGUGGCCAAAAUGAUCGAAGAUGCCUAAAUUUAUCCCCGCAAAGCGGGGUUCCUCAUCUAGUUUAGAUUAAAUGUGGAUUAUGGACGCAAAUGUCAAGAUUAAUCAUCGUUGUUACUCAACAUCUUCUUGACCUCUUUUUUAUGGCCUUUCAUGAAGAAAUUUCUAGGUGUAUCUAUAAAUAUUCCUUAUCACAAUUGUGUUCUAGAGUGCUUUUGCACCAAAUUAUAUAUCCUUGUUGACUCUC